ACAAGAUCAAAGACACAUAAAGUUUGGUUGAUUUGACCCUCCUGGAGCAGAGUCCUCCAGGCACCAUGAAGCCUGGACCGUGUGGGACCAUGGACCUUCAGCGGUGGAGAUGAGGAGUCGGGGCAGGAAACAUGACCCUGUACAGUGAACGAGGAGGAGGGCACUAGAGCGGAGGAGAGAUGCGGCUGAACCAGUACACGGUGCCUCACCACAGCCGCUACAGCCUGACCGACACUUCAGAGGAGGGGCCUGUGGAGGUGGAGCCUAAGCAGAAGGACACGCCCCUCCAGCGCCUCACCUCCGACUUGUGCCAGGACGAGCACAUCAUCAAGGAGCUGGUGAUCGGACGCCGUGUGGGUUUCUACAAGGUCCGAGGAGAGAUCGGCUAUGGGACCUUCUCCAGGGUGAAGAUGGCCUUCCACGCCCUCACCAAAGACAAGGUGGCCCUGAAGAUCCUGGAGAAAGCUCGUCUGGACCCGUCCGCCCAGCGCCUGCUCCACAGAGAGAUCAACAGCCUGGAGAGUCUGCACCACCCCAACAUGGUGCGCCUGUACGAGGUCCUGGACACGCCCAGCCGCCUGUACCUGGUGCUGGAGUACGCCGGGGGAGGAGACCUGUCCAACCACAUCUACAGCCAGGGCAAGCUGUGCGACCACCGCAGCAAGAUCACCUUCGCUCAGAUCCUGGCCGCCGUCAAGUUCAUGCACAGUCAGGACAUCGUGCACCGGGACCUGAAGGCGGAGAACGUGCUUUUCACCCUCAACGGCUGCGUCAAAGUGGCCGACCUGGGCUUCAGCACGCGCCUGCCCCACCGCUGCCACCUGCUGGACACUCUGUGCGGCUCGCCCCCGUACGCGGCGCCCGAGCUCUUCCAGGAGCAGGCGUACCAGGGCCCCCCGGUGGACGUGUGGGCCAUGGGCGUGCUCCUCUUCUUCAUGGUGACGGGGACCAUGCCCUUCCGCGCAGAGACCAUGGGGAAGCUGCGGCGCUGCAUCCUGGGCGGGGCCUACGAGAUCCCGGGGUGGGUGCCCGGGCCGUGUCAGAGGCUCAUCAGGGGCAUCCUGAAGCCCGCCCCCUCAGACCGGUACGCUCUGGACCAGAUGCUGGGCUGUGAUUGGCUGCUGCCCGUGGAGUUUCCUCGCCCGUUUGGGACCACGGCGGAUCCAGGGGGCGUGGAGAAGAGUGGAGCAGAGGAGGACGUCAGAGCGUCCAUGUUCGCUCUGGGCUUCACGGAGCAGCACCUGCGCAACAACCCGGUGUCGGACCCUCGGAGCCCUGUGGGGGGCGUGUACCGCAUCCUGUGUCACCGCGCCGAGCUGUCCCGCGGCGCAGACUCGCUCCCCGUCGUCAGGGGCGUCGUACGGGACCCCAAACGAGAGGGGCUCCGGGCGUACAGGGGGCUCAGGCACACGUCCAAGUUCUGCUCCAUCUCCUGA